AUGUGUAAGGUUGCCAAGUGUCCCUUGGGUGGCCAGUGGUCUGACUUCGAGGUUCAGCCGUAUGGGCCUCUCCAGCUCGAGCCUGCUACGACAGCACUGAACUACGGCCAGUCCAUCUUCGAGGGGCUGAAGGCCUUCCGGACCAGCAAAGGCAGGAUCGUCCUUUUCCGGCCAGACAAGAAUGCCGAGCGCAUGGCAGGAGGCGCAGAGAGGUUCCUGAUGCCCCCAGUGCCCCGGGACCUCUUCAUGCAGAUGUGCCGGGAUGCUGUCCGUGCCAAUGCGGACUGGGUGCCUCCAACAGGCAAGGGCUCUUUGUACAUGCGACCCCUUCUCUUUGGCAGCGGACCUGCGCUGGGAGUGGGGCCGAGCCCCGAGUUCACCUUCGUCAUCUACGUGGCGCCGGUGGGGAGCUACUUCUCCGGCAGCGGAGCACGGCUGCGGAUCGAGCGAGGCCACCACCGGGCGGCGGAGCUCGGCGUUGGAGACGUGAAGGCGGCAGGCAACUACGCGCCUUGUUUCAGCCCACAGAAGGAUGCCAAAGCGGCAGGCCAGACCGGGAUUCUUGCAGGCCAAGGUUCCAAGGCCGGCGAAAUCGUGGAGGUGCCCACAGAGACGCUUUCAACGUUGGACCGGUAUGGCAGGGGAGAUCGGGUGGUAAAGCUCUCCUUGAGUGGAACCAAGUUCCUGACACUGCGCUCGACACUUGCACACAGCGCGGUGCUGGACAGCAUCGUGACACGAGCUGAGACCAACGAAGAACUUGCGAAUGAUGGUGCCAUCUUCGUAGAUCGAGAUCCGAAGCACUUUCCGAUCAUCCUCAACCACUUGAGGAUGAAAGCAGAGGGCCGCGAAAUCUUUCAAAACCCGUGCAAGUGGGUCAAGGGGAAGAGCCACGCACCCAUGCUACCCAGAGACACCGCUGAUCUGCGAGACCUCCUUGUGGAGGCAGAGCAUUAUGGCCUCCCAGAGCUUCGUAUGAGGAUCCUGUCGAAGAGGAAGCUGGCGAGGCUUUUCAGCAUCAUGGCGGGUAGCUCAGGCAACCCCUUCGACAGUGCCACGCGUGUACUGAUGACGAUUCGCAACACAACUCUGCUGCUGGGAACGGGGCUUGCCAGCAGCCAGGUCUUGCUGAGCCAGCUCAAGGAAUCCAAGGACCCCAUGCAGGCCCUGGAUGUUGUGACCAACUUCACGAAGACCCGCUUCUCCGACAUCCUCUACUUCGAUCCCAGCGGAGAGCGAGUGGAAGAGGCUGCGGCGAGCAAUUUCUUCUGCAUCACUGAGGACGGUGUCUUGAAGACACCUGAGCUUGGCACCAUCCUGUCCGGGGUAACGCGCGACUCCAUCCUGCAGUUGGCCAGGAAUAUGGCUGCUUCUGGUGAGCUGAGUGGUGUGGAGGAAGGCACGGUGACCUGGGACGAUAUCCUGUCAGCGAAGGAGGGCCUUCGUAGAUUUGCCGUGCGAUUCAGCAGCGUGAUGACCGAGACAGUUCGGAUGAAUGGCUUCGUCAAGGCAGACGUACAGCUGACGCCAGGAGAGAGACCUGUGUUCGACUACAGUUGCUUCACUGGAGGUUUUGCAGCAUGCUUCAAGUAUUUUUGCUUGCCUCCUUGCUCCUCUCGAUGUCGCCUGACCGUCAAGAACAUGAGGAAGCAACAGGCGAAUCUUCCAGUCGACGUGGCUGAUGCGCGCAGGAAAGAGGUAGAAGAGGGAUUGAGUAAACAUGAUUUUUUCGAGAAGUACGGCUUCGUCCUUCUGAAACAUCAGAGCACGAUGACUGCAGAGGACUGGCUGGCCAGCAGCACGAAGCCCUUACCGGGAAAGUCUUCUGGGAAGCCCUCAUCCUCGAAGGUACGUGACAUUUAUGCUAAGGAGAUCGAGCCGCUUAUCCGGGAACUGUUGCCGAAGGCCGGCGAGAUCUCUUUUCCAGCCUUCGCUCUGCGCCGUGGACCCGGCGGGCCCAACCCCUUUUAUGGAUUCGGGGUGCACCAGGACUACGGGCUGUAUCCCGAGGACAUGAAGACGACCUAUGAGAUAGCCUACUCGGGCCUCGAAGGCAGCUUCGAGGAUUUUCUAGACCGGUGUUAUCACGAAGACACAGCAGGAUUCUCGAUCAUAAACUUCUGGCGUCCUGUGCCGCCCAUGGCAGGCCCAGUCAAAAGCACACCCCUGGCAGUUUGUGAUCCCAGCACAGUGAAGGUCGAGGACUGUGUGCCGAUAGAGAUGUACGGCUUUGUUCCUGGAGGUCAGCGCAGCUUGCUACUCAAGCAGAACGCAGGCCAGAAGUGGUACUACUACCCAGACAUGACCACGGACGAGGUCUUGGUGUUCCGACAAUUCCACUAUGAACGGGGCGUGCAAGCCCCCUACCGCCGAAUCAAGACGGUCUUCCACACUGCCUUCAAGCAUCCAGGGUCCUCGCCUCACGAUGAGGCUCGCAGCAGCAGCGAGUAUCGACUGGGAGUGUGGCUGAAAUAG